GUGGGUGAAGAUUUACAUGUGUGUCUCUUCAGAUGAAUCUGUCUGGAUGUGAUAAAACUGUGAUGAAGAAUUCAAUCAGCGGCUCCAGGUUUGUGAAUCUGAGCAGUAACGACCUGCAGAAGUUUCCUAAACUACACGCUCCGAUGAUCUCAAAGAUCAGCACUGAAAUCAGCAGGAAGGAGGAGAGACGAGGUUUAUUCUCCAGAAAAACGACGCCCAAAUACCAGGAACCAGAGACCACUGCUGACGCUCAGGGCUGGGGUGAAGACGAGUUUGAUGAUGAAGAUUUCGACGAUGACUACGAGAGUCCAAACAGUGGCAACGAGGACGGGAGCAGUGAAGACUAUGAGUCCCCAAAUGAUGACCCUGAUGGAGCCAAUGAUUACGAGCCUCCUCCCUCCGAACCACCAGAGGACCUGGCUCACAAGCUGUGCCCCACCCUGCCCAUCGGAGACGGCGAUUACAUUGAUAAAAGGGAUAACCGCAUGUCGUCAAAAGGCCCGCCCCCUGCAGUAUGUGCCCGCCCCCCGGUCUCGAUGCUUGCUCCUCCGUCUCCUCGCGCGCCGGGAGAGUCAUCCUCUAGAAGAGACCUCUCCCCCCACUGUGGAGGACGACCAUCAGGAAAAUUUCCACCGGGGCCUCCGCAGAUCUUUCGUGGCACCAAACCGGGAAGAGAGUCAAGAAGCAACUCGUCCCCCAUCCGAGGACCUCACUCAACGGACAGGCCGAUUGCACCAUCCUGGAAGCCUCAGUCGAACAUGCAGGAUCCUCCUUCCUGGUCGAAACCUCCCAUUCCAUCUGCCCCCUCCUCCUCCUCCGUCAGCAGGUCAAACUCCUCCCCCCGUCCACCUCCCACCAGGUCAACAUCACACGCCUUCUAUCAAACAACACAAAUUAAAAGAAAACAAAUUGAAUUGUGUUUUUCUCUUCCAGCUCCUAAACACAACACCUUCCCCCUCCAAAGUAAGAGUCUGCCCCCCUGCCCUGGACUUCCUGCUCCACCCUCACGCCACGGAGAAAGUCUGCCCCCUAGUGUUCACUCAGCUGGUUCUCUGCCUCACAAACUGCACCCAGCAAAGGCUGAACACAGAGGCAGCUUCGUUGGAUCGUUUGGUGCUCCAGCAACACACAAACAGGGGCUGGACCCUCGUUGGUAUGUGGGUAAAGUGACCAGAGGUCAGGCAGAGGGAAGUCUGAAACGAGUCCACAAGGACGGAGCGUACCUGGUGAGGGACAGCACCCGGCAGCUGGACAACCAGCCAUUCACCCUGAUGGUCUUCUACCAGGACAAAGUCUACAACAUCCAGAUUCGACAGCACAACCAGAACUUCCAGCUGGGGACCGGACUCAAAAUGCAAGAGUCUUUUUCAUCAGUGAGUGACAUCAUUGCUCAUUACUCUCAGUCUCCCCUGCUCCUCAUCAACGCCAAGGACCGAAGCUCCGGUCAACAGAACCAGUGUCUCCUGUCGGACCCGGCCGGGGGCUACAUGAAAGGACAGACCUGGUCCUGAGCAGCUCAGACUAAACCAGGACAGAGUCAGGAUCAAUGUCCACAUCAGACGUAACGUUCAGUUGUACUUUUCUGAAGUAGAACAAAGAGUUUUCAUUAUUUUUGUGACAGUGAGUAAAUAACGUCAUUCUGACCAUUGACAAACCAGAGUAGUUUUAUUUUGAAACGUAUUUUAAAUUAUGAUUCUACUUUUACUUCAGUUAUUCCACUUUGUUUUGUUUAAAUAUGAACCCACGCAAUUUUGUCCAUGGUCUCGCUUCCAUUUUUUAGUUUGGUUCAUGUCCCAUCUGCUAACAGGGGGAGGUAAGCUUUACGACCUAUGCUGCAGCCAGCCACCAGGGGGCAAACUAGACACUUUGGCUUCCCUUUUCUGAGCUGUCAUGUCGUCCAUCUUUAUUGACAGUCAUUGACGUGAAUGUGUCCAC